AUGGCGGAAGUACUUGAACUAUUGAAGGAAUCACUUGAGGAGGAAGACAAUGACGUCAUGGCAUUGCUAGAGGAACUUUUGGAUGAAGCCGGAGAAGAAACCACCACCACGACACCAGCUACUGGUAGCACUACAAUGGAUAGCUACAAGAGUGGUCGUGACCAACACACAGCAGCAGCAGUCACUCGUCAGGAGGAGGCACUAGCAGAUGAGGAACCCAACACUCUUGCAGCAGAAAGUAAAACAUCAAUGACAGAUCUAGAGGAGGAUGCAGCAUUGCAACAGGGAAACGAGGAACAAGCAACUGCAGUAGUAGAAAAAGAAGAUGAGGAACAAGCAAAUGUGCCAGAGCAAGAGGAGGAGGCGAUAAAUAAGACAGAGGAGGAGGAACAAUGGUGCCUGUUGUGGUUGCAAGAGGAGUACAAUUAA